AUGGAUGAUACAAUUGAUGUGUCGGGUUCUCACGGACAUGAUGCUUCAGAUGGAUAUGGAAAUGGCGCAAAUGCGGGUCAAGCCGGUAUAGGUUCAGAUGGUGGGAAUAUAGAUGUUACCUUAUCAUCUGUUCCGUAUUCAAAUGAACCCGGUCUUAUUAAUAUUUAUGGCACAGAAACUUAUUCAAAUGGGCAUGUGGAAUACAUUAAUAGUAAUUAUAAUCUUGGUACAGAAGGAUUAAUUCAUUUUACGUCUGUUGGAGGUAACGGAGGAAAUGGAGGAAAUGGUGCAAAUGGUUAUGAUGGUUAUAAUGGGAGUAACGGAAUUGAUGCAACCAUGUCUACAAUUGGCACAGAUGGUGAACGAGGAGGUGAUGGUGGUGAUGGAGGACGAGGAAGUUCAGGUGGUAAUGGUGGUAAUGGUGGUCAUAUUAAAAUAAGUGUGAAUGAAUAUGAUGCUCAUUUACUUAUGCUAAUUGGUGAGUUUGAAGUAUCAGGAGGUAUUGGUGGUAACCCUGGGUAUCAUGGAAUAGGUGGAAAAGGUGGUAGUGGUGGGAUGGGUGGUCAAUCAUAUUCUUGGACGGAAACUAUACCUGCAGUAUAUGAAUAUCCAAGUAACAAUGCCUUAACCAGAUAUGAUCCGGACACUGUUGAUGCUACUAUCCAUUUUCGUGGAAUUGAAGAAACCAAGUAUAGAAUAAGAAACACAGGAGACAGCUGGGAGCAAUCAUGUUAUUAUGAUGCUAGAAUUUCAAUUGAUUCUGGUGAUUCUAAUGCAUUAACAAGAUAUAAUGGACCUCCUAUCGAAUAUUAUAGUACCGAAGAAACUUAUCAUUAUGAUAGAGGAUUUGGAGAAGCCGACAUCUAUCAUCUUAGACAAGAUGAUAUCUAUCUACAUGGUACAGUAAAUGCUAAUUAUCAUGAUAAUUUUAGAUUAAUCGAGCCAGCUGAACCUCCUGAACCUCCCGAACCUAUAUUAAUUAUUCCUGAAGAAAUUAUCACUCAUACAAAUCCUGGAGGGAUUGAUGGAGAUAAUGGGUGUGAUGGGUAUACUCCUACAGAAUUUUUAAAUGGAGGAUAUAUGGGAACAAAUGGUAGUUUUGAAUUUGGUGUUAUAAAUGAAUAUGGCAAAUGGCAACGUAGAGAUGAAAAAUUUUGUAAAUUAGAAAUCAAUUCGGUUGAAUGUGUAAUACAAAAUAAUUCUGGAAUCUUUGAACCUGGAAGCUCUAUUAAUGUUGGUAUGGAAAUUUUUAAUACAGGAUGUCCAACACCAAAACAUACUCCUAUUAGAAUUGAACUUGAUGAAUAUAAUACUUGGAUUGUAAAUAAUCCAAAGGUUGAUGCACCAUUAAAUUUGCUAGACUAUGAUUCAAAAAAUAUUGGAAGCGAUCAAGGAAUGACGAUAAAAAUUAAUGAUCCAAAAAUUGUAACAAACGGAAUACCAUUGUCCGUACCUAUAAAUUUAAAUAAAUUUAAAGCAACAAUGACAAAAAUUGAAAGGCCCGUACCAAUCUUAACUCAUUCAUCAAUUUCUUUUGUUAUUCAACAACCGAUUAAUAUAAGUGAAGUAAUAUCCAUACGUUCUCCUGGUAGUUUGCAAUAUGAAGUAUUUUGGUUCGUUAAUAAUAUUAGUUAUUUAAGCUUCGGACAAGAUUCAACAUUUAAACGAUUAAUCAGAACCAAAUUAACUAGAGGGGAAUCAACUGGUAUUGAAAUUGAUAACCAAGAAAUUAGAUAUAUAGAAGCAUAUCAAUCUAUUCAAAUUACAAGUAAACUUUCACUUGAUCAAGAUUAUAACGGAAUUCAACAAUUUACCGUAACUUUACAGAUUGGUGAUAAUGACGAUCGACCUAAUAUUCUCAAAUCCAUUCAAACUCGUAAAUUUACGAUUCAACCACCAUUAGCAGAAAAUAUACCACAUUUAUUUCUUGAUGUAACAAAAAAUGAAUGUAUUAAUCUCGCUGGUUCUAACAUCUCAUAUUGUAAAGAUAAUGGAUCGAUUAAUUUAACUUUAUCAAAAGAAAUUCAUUAUUCUGUCAAAGGUUCAAUCAAAUUUGGGGAUGGUACAUUAAUUCUGUUAGAUCAUAAUUUUAAUUUUGAUAAAGAUGCUUUUAUUUAUAUUACACAAAAAACUUCUCCAAUGAGAUGUGAUGUAAAUCUUAUCACAGACGAAAAUGAAUCUCAUAUAUUUGCUUUGAUAGCAAAUACAUUUGAAGAUAGAAGCAACAAAAUUGAUUGGAAAUUUCAAACAAUUAAUAGAAUUAAUAACAAUAUUAAUACAUAUUCUACGCCUUUUAAACUUCGGGUUGAACAUAUUAUUCAUUAUAUUGAUCAUGGUACAAAAAUUUUUGAACCAAAUUGUAAAGGAUUUAUUGAAAAAGUCAUAGUAUUUAAUGAAGGUGAAAUGCCUUCACCAAAUAAUCAAGAUAUUAUCAUUUCACUUUCACAAACGAGUAAUAUAAUUCCUGAUAAUUCAUUUUUUAGAAUUAAUAAGUCAAUUCCUUAUUGUGGAACGUUUGAAUCAGAGAACAUAAAUUUGAGAUUUUCUAUCAAAAAUAAUGAAAAUGGAUUUAAUAAUAUUAUUCCUUUACGUAUUAAAGAUCAUAUUAAAUUCAAUACUAAUAUUAAAUCAAUUAAUCAUACAAUACAAAAUUUUGAUAAUUUUCCAAUACAAGAAAUUACCAUUCAAUAUCCUAUUGAGAUGGGAGAAUAUUUGGGUUACAGAAAUCCUUCUGCAACAGAAGAAAUUUAUAGUUUAUAUUGGAAAAUUAAGAAUAUUAGUAAUGUAGAAUUUGGUAAAUCUUCAAAUAUUGGUCGUCUUAUAGUUACUUCAGUAGAUAAUAAUAUUCCAAAUAAUGUCUUACAUAUAAAAGAAAUUGAAUCUUUAAUGAGUGAAAACUAUUCAUUAGAAACGACCAAAAUUAAAAUCAGUGAUGAAACCUUACUCGACCCAUUUAAUUUUAAAUUAUACUUAGGUUCAAUAGAAACACCUGAAACAUUAUUGCCGAUUCAAUCAUAUCCAUUCCAUUUAUUACCAUUAUCACGAGAAGAUACUUAUAAAAAAUUUGAUUUGGUAUUUGAUUUAAAUGAAGGACGGUUAGCUUUGAAUAAUCAACAAUUAAAUGAUUACAUCCAACCUGGAAAUUUUAAAUUUACAAUAUCUACACCAAAAUCAAAAGAUGUUAAAGUUGGGGAUGUUGAAAUUCAAGGAAAAUUACAAUAUACGAACGGUUGGAUGAUUAAGAUUAAUGAACGGUUCACUUUGGACAUAUCCGGUUGGAUAUACUUGUAUACAAAUGGAAAAGACAAUAUUUCCACCGGAUCAAUUAAUAUUAAGGUCGCACAAGAAGAUACACAUCUUCUUUAUUUAAUUGAUAAAUCUUGUUUAGAAAAAUGUGAUGAUCAAUUAUAUCGAGUGAUAGAUAAUAAUAGAAAUCUCGAAUAUAAUAGAAUAUAUCAAUUUACUUUAGUUAAUUAUGAUUGUACUCCAGCAGAUGAUAGUGGAAUAUAUGAACCUGGAGGUCGAAUAGUUAUACGUAAAAUUGAAGUUGAAAAUACUGGUGGUAUGCCAACUCCAAUCAGUCAUGAUGUUGAAAUCUCCAUUAAUCUUUUAAAUUCAACUGAAAUUUCUUUACCAAAUGAUAAUAGCUUAAAAUUACCUAAACCUAUUGAAAAUUCUGUGAAAAAAAUAUUAAGUCCAAUUAAAAGUGACGAUGAAUUAUGCUUGGAAUUUCAAAUAAAUCAACAAAGUAAAGCUUCGAGGGAUAGACCAUUAAAUAUAACAGGAAAGAUAAAUUUAAAAGCCAUAAUGUUUGGAAUUAAUCGGGAAAUAAAAAAUUUUACAUUACCGAAACAAUUUAAUAUACAAUAUCCGAUUCAAAUUUGUCCUGAUACUAAAAUUCAAGAUAUUCCAUAUAAAAACAUAACAAGAAUUACUUGGAGAUUAAAUAAUAUUAGUCGAAUUGAUUUUGGAUCAGAAUCAAAAUUAAAAAGGGUUAUUAAAGUUCAAGUUAAAAUUGAAAAAAUGUCACCAGAAAAUAGUUUGAAAUUCAAAACUGACCGAGGUUUAAAUGAUAUUUUUGAACAAGAAAUUUCAUUAUUAGAAGCUAAACAAUCAAAAGAUACGUUUUGUGAAUUGGUUAGAACAUUAAAAAAUCAACAUUCAACGGUUAUAGAUGCAAACCUAUCUAUUACACUUUUUAUUGGUUCCAUACAAUUACCUGAUAGAGAAUUUGAUAUUGAAAUACGAAACAAAUAUAUUGAAGUUUUUCCAAGUUAUGAAUCAAAUAGCGAUUCCGACGUUUUACUUGUAGCAAAUGCUAAAACCACUAAAAAAGAUACCAUUUAUUGGGAUGAGUUAUGUCGAAAAUUUGGAUUAUCAAUGUCUAUUUGGAAUAUUAAAAGAGAAGGACAUUUUGAUUUAUUUGAAUCUAGUAUAAUUAAAGAUUAUUUAGGGAAAUCUAUAGUCAUACUUAAUGAUGAAUUAAAUGGGAACAAAUAUAUAAAUCAAAUCAUAAAUUAUCUUGAUCCUACCCAGUUUUAUCAAACUGUUAAAUAUUAUAAUAUCAAAUUUUUUGUAAUCGGAAUGAAUGUUAGUGAUCAAAAAAUCAAAGAAUUAUUUAUACCAAUAGAGAUGAUUAAUAGCAAACCUAUAGCAUCAUAUGAAAGAGUUAAACGUUAUAUAAAAAGUACGAAGAAGUUGAUAAUAAGCGAAGAUAUGAAAUAUGAAAAAUCCGAAGAAAAAAAGUUUCAAAAUCUUAAAAGAACGUUAGAUUUGGAGUGUAUUAAUACUCAUUUAUUACCAGGAGAUAUGAAUUGUUUUGCAUCAGAAGAAUCAUAUAGAAUGAAUAAAUUACGAAAAUUAUCAAAAUCUUUACAAAAACUUUAUCCGGGAGAUCAACAUAUUAUUUUAUCAACUAUCAGUAAUAAUAGUGAUUAUGAUCAAAUUACUUUAUGUAAAACCACCAAUAGGACAAAACAAUAUUUAACGUAUAAUUCCGUUCAACUAGAUGAUAUCGAUGAUCAUCAGAUUGAAAGGAUGUCUAUGAUUGGAUUAUUAUCUUGUAUUCCAUUUUCGAAAAGGCUUGAAAAAUUACGACAAUUUUUAUUUGACCCUAUACAAGAUGCAGAUCAGAAAAAAGUGCUUAAAAGUUUGAUUGAAGCUGAUCUAGCAAUGGAAUUAAAUGGGUUAUGUGGAUCGAAUAUAAUUUCAAAGAAAAUGAGAUUAAUGAUAUCAGAUAUUUUAUUAAUACAAUUAGAAUUAUUUGGAAAAUUUUGUGAAUUUGUUAAAUUUAUAAUUUCAAAAGAAAAUUCAUUUUCUGGUGAACAUACAAAAUGGGCAUUAAGUGUUUUUGCAAAAUUAAAAAUUUUGCUUCAUUAUUCUAAUAAUAUAUUAUUUUUUAGAAAUAAUACUCGAAUUUAUGAACUGAAACAAAUUAUUUAUGAUGGUUAUUUAAAAGCUUUUGAAAAAUGUAAUAAUCAAUAUUAUCCUUUAUUACAUUAUUUAAAAAUUAAGGCUAAAAGUAUAAAAAAGAAUUGGAAAAAUAAUUUUGAAUUAAAGCAUGAUAAAAAAGAAAAAUUGAAGCUUUUUAGAGGUUAUAUGAUAGGAAUUUUAAUAUCAAAUAAUUUAAAAACUGACAAUGAAUUAUUUAAUGAUGAUUUAGAUAUUAUUAUAUCAGAUGAUGAUUAUAAGAUUAUUGAACAAACCCAUAAAAAUACUAUUAAUAGAAUCGGAAAAAUAAAAACAAAACAUCAAGAACAGAUUGAAUUAUUAGAACAUCAAGCUAAUUUCGAAAAUUUGAGAUCAGAUUCUAAUCAUGGAAUUGAAGUAAAUAAUAUUGGUUCCGCUGAAGAUUUUACUGAAACUGCAAAUCAAGGAUUAGAAGCAUCUAAUUUUGGGUCCGAAGAUAUUACCGUGAUUACGAAUCAAGGAUUAGAAGCAUCUAAUUUCGGGUCUGAAGAUACUACCGUGAUUAUGAAUCAAGGAUUGGAAGCAUCUAAUUUCGGGUCUGAAAUUGGGACUGAAAAUUCAUGA